AUGGGGAAGGGACGCAACAACAAGUCGAGCAAGAAGACGGACAAUGAUGAUCAGGGAAAGGAGACGGAAGUGAACGUACCGGACGCACCUGUGCCGGACGCUGCUGGACAUGGCAAGCCUUCCACUCCACGACCCCCUGCUGUGAUUGGACCGUUUGAGGAUCUGCACGACCUGCAGAACAAGGAGGAUAGUGCGGACGACUCUGGUGAUGGUGACGAUGAUAACGGAGAAGGCUCCGGAACCAAGGAUCAGAAAGCGGAAGGGGAAGCGGAUGCUGCUGGCGACAACAUCAACGACGACGAGGAGGAUUUGUCAGAUUCGGUCCCAGAGGAUGAGGAUGAUGGAUAUCUAAGCGAUGACUCGGACGAGCACCUUGAACCUGCUUCGCUUACCAGUGCUUUGGCUUUAAAACGCUUCACACUAACCUUGCUGGUGCCGAUCUUCAGGAAAGCGGAAGUCAAACGCGCUGCGAUAACGAUUGCAGCUCUGCUGGAUGACUGGAAGGAUCAGUUGUCCCCGGAUGUGCUGCAGACGACGACUUACCAGGAUCUCACGGCAACAUAUCUCUCCGGCAAUCGCUAUGGUCGGCUGCAGGUCACCUUCAAUCAUGUCAGAGACGCCAACUACGUCUGGAAUCAAGUCAUCAAGCACGAAUGCGUAAACGGGGACAUCAUCGACCUCACCUGGCAGUACCCGGAGGAUGCUCGCUUUCUUCGUGAACGUGUUUUGAACCCAUUGGCGCAGGAGGUUGUUGUUAAAGGAGUGCCGGCCGAGAUCACUGCUGAACUUGUCCGUCAUCUGCUGGUGGUGUCGAAGCUGGUUAAGCGUGGCAGGAGUGCCUUCGCCAGCGGUUUUGGUUUUCAUCGUACGCUGGACCCGGUCACCGGACUUGACACCGACCGUAUUCGCGGCCUGGUUGUCCCCCAUGCCGAUGACGAGUACCGCUGGAGGUACUUCGUGGAGGACCCGACGACGAAGAAGCGCUACUUGCUCCAUUACCCGUCACUCACCUGCGAACUUUGCAGCGGUCCGCACCUGUCCCGCUAUCACGACCGCUAUAUCACCACAAGGCAGGAGAACUUCACCAACUGGAACCUGUCGGUUAAAAAGGACCCCGCCGUUAUACUCACCUCCACAGGAGGAAUGCGGGAGGAGUGGGUGUGUGUGCAAACCGUAUGCGAGAAGGCGCAGGGGAACCGUUUCGAACAAGCAGCGGCUCAUGUAGCAUCUGCCAGGCACAAAGGGGGACUACGUACGGAAGGAGCAGCAACACGCGCCAGCAAGCACUCUCAGAAGAUGGCAGCCUUCAAGAAGGAUUUCAUGGUCAAACCGGUGGCGAAGUAA